AUGACUGAUUCUCCUGUUGCACCAAAUCCGGCUGUCGAGACAGACCCCAAAAGCAAGCGCAAGGCCUCGUCAGCAGGACUCUCGGCUAAUUCUCGUCCGGUUAAACGACGCGCCUCAAAGGCUUGCUGCUGCUGCCGCGCGCGUAAGGUACGCUGUGAUGUGGUAGAAAAUGGUUCACCGUGCACAAAUUGCCGGCUGGACCAAGUAGAGUGUGUGGUUACAGAAAGCAAACGAAGAAAGAAAUCUCGAGUUGACACAGAGAUCUCGAAUCCUCAGCUUUCCCAGUCGCCAGCCGAGAUACUCGAUGAUGGCGCACUUUUUGGUGGACUAGGGGACACUCAAGGGAUCCCUCAUGUCGCACCGACGUCUCCUUCUCAGGGCUCUGUAGAUAUGGAGCAAGGGCAGCACAUGCCCCAUCUACUAUAUCAGAGCCAAGUCAACAGAGUUGAUCCAGGGGACCGCUUUCGAAAACGCAUGGCUCCGAAUCCCUUGGUACCAUCGAGUAUGCCCUUGUCUCAUGUUACUUCAGAGAUUCAGCAGUUACUGGACCCGUCUUUUGGCAGCCCUCGGUCGAGUGGUAUUGUACUACCCGACUAUAUCAGAGGAUUACCAGCCCGGCUGCAAAAAGAGGAUAUUGACUACCUUGCCAUGAAGGGGGCACUGACAGUGCCGGAUGUUACUUUGCGCAACGAACUGCUCAAGGCCUAUAUCCACUAUGUGCACACGUACAUGCCCCUUCUUGAUCUGGAAGACUUCCUGCAAACUAUUGUCCAGAAUGACGGCAUCCGUCGCAUGAGUCUGUUGCUUUUCCAGGCUGUGAUGUUCGCUGGCACAGCCUUCAUCGACUUGAAGCACCUUCAAGCUGCUGGCUACCCCUCGCGGAAAUCGGCCCGCAAAUCCUUCUUUCAACGUGCAAGGUUACUCUAUGAUUUCGACUACGAAGUUGACCGUAUCUCGCUUGUUCAGUCUCUGUUGUUAAUGACCUAUUGGUAUGAAACACCGGAUGACCAGAAGGACACUUGGCACUGGAUGGGUGUUAGCUUGUCUCUCGCUCACACCAUUGGCCUACACCGUGAUCCAGCGAACUCGCGCAUGGACGUUAGACGACAACGAAUGUGGAAACGCAUUUGGUGGAGCACCUAUACGCGUGAUCGGUUGAUCGCCCUGGGAAUGAGACGUCCCAUGCGCGUGAAAGACGAUGAUUGUGAUGUGCCAAUGCUGACACUAGAUGACUUCGAGUUCCACCCAUUCUCUCCCGAAAUCGUGAGCAUGGUUGGAAAUUCAGAGAUCCUUCAGAGCGUAGCUCAUCAACGAGAGCUAGCGUCGAUGUUCAUUGAAAAGGCGAAGCUUUGUCUUUGCGUCAGCCAUGUCCUUUCCGCCCAGUACUCAGUUCUGAGCCAUAAGUUUGGUGGAACGAUGGAGACUACCAUGAUGCUCGUUCCGAAGAAAUCAGCGGCGGAGACGUUCGAGGUUCGGCGCUGUGACCAGGAGCUGGAGGAUUGGCUGGCCCAUCUUCCCUCGGAGAUUCAGUAUGCACCUGCAGCACCAGCGAAGUUGAGCGAAGCCCAGGAGGUCCUGCACUCUCACCGUGCUUUACUUAAGAUGGUGUACUUGACUACGUCGAGUGCCCUGCAUCGACCCCAAGUUCUUCCCGCCGUUCCGUUCCCCUCUAUGGACACAGAGUUGCAAGAUAUGUCUCGCAACAAGGUUCGGUUCGCUGCAAUCGAGAUUACGAAUAUCGCCCAAGAUCUGCAUAGUCUGGAUUUAACUCGAUAUUUCCCCACAACCGGUGUAACGGUGCUUCUUCCUGCCGUCAUUAUCCAUCUUCUCGACAUCAAAUCCAGCGACCAGAACGUCCGAAUGACCAGUUUGCAGCGCUUCUACCAGUGUAUGCGCAUCCUUCAGCGUCUAAGAGAAAUCUAUGCUUCAGCCGACUUUGCAACUUCAUUCUUGGAGGCUGCGAUCAGGAAGGCCGGAAUACAGCUUACGGUGCCGCCUCAAGAGUUACAGAAACGCUCUAAUAACUCUGGAGCUUCUCGGAAUACGACUUUGACUCCUCCUCCAGAUUCUCUUGCUCAAAAGAUACCCGAUCUGACCUAUCCCAAGACUGGCUCGAUGGGAGGAAUGACACUCAAUUUGGUAGACGAAGCUCAACCAGCCUUCGCCUCUACACCGCCACCAUCCGACGGUAGCGAAAAUGGAAGCACUAACAACAUCAACCCGAACUAUCACCGCGAUGCAUUCAGAAUUCCCAAUAUUGACGACACUGAGAUGAGUUUGAGCCAGCUCAUGGAUUUGGCAAAUGAUGCCGAAGUAACGCAAAACGACUUUGAUGCCCUGAUCAACUUUGACGAUGCUGGAGCGGACUUCUUCUCCUCUGAAAACGGCGUGGAGAACAUGACGGGUGACGGAAACAGCAAGAACUUCCCGUUCACAUUCCAGGACAUGGUUGGGUUUGAUUCUGGGAACAAGAGCGAUGCAGCGGCCUCAAACGGAGCUGAUGCAGCGCAAACGGAGGCCCCAAAUCUUGACAUGGAUCUCGGUCUCAGUCUGAAUGCCUGA